AUGCCACUGAAACAGCUCUGGCCAGCCCUGUAUCCCAGCGGUGGCAAGCUCUCGUUGAGCACAACAUGGUUGGCGCGCCGGCCAGCCUCCUUGCCAUGCACCUCUGCGCAGCGCCGGUCGUUCGCCUCGGUCCGUGAAGACGCUGGUCCGCCUAGCUGGCCGACGUCUAAGCAUCCCACACCGUACGAGAUCCUCGGCCUCGAGAAGGGCGCUCCUUACGACAAGAAAGCGAAGGCGCGGUACUUCCAGCUUGCGAAGCUCUACCAUCCGGACCAUCACCAACACAAUGCCUCUGACGGCCUGUCUCGGACAGCGAAGCUCGAGCGAUACCGCUUGAUUGUAGCGGCGAACGAAUUGCUCAGCGACACGCAGAAACGGCGAAUGUACGACCUCUAUGGAAUCGGAUGGCUCAACCAGCCCGCCUCGCAGUCGAGCACCCAUGGCUAUGAUCGCGAAUGGCACAAACGGCCCGGCAAUCCCAGCAUGAACGCGACAUGGGAGGACUGGGAAAAGUGGUACCAGGAGCGCGACAGCGAGGGGGAGAAGAAGCAGGAAGAGAUUUUCAUGUCCAACAGCGGUUUCUUCGCGAUCAUGGGGCUAUGCAUUAUCGUUGGGACCUGGGUGCAGGCCACGCGGGCAGGGGCCAACGGGACCAAGCUGCUGGACAUGCGAGAGGAACAGCAUCUCGCCGUGACGCAGGAGCUCUGGCGGCGGCAGGCCGCCAUAGCAGGCUUGAACCGCGAGGCCCGGGUCAACAACUUCCUACAGCAUCGAGAGUUCGAGAAGUGGGCGUACGAUCCGCCCAACCAUGGCCUGCCGGACGCCAACACGCCGUUGACGCCAAUGCUGCCGCCGCCGCCCACAGGUAGUCGAAAGAGAAGUAGUGAUCACGUAUGA